UCUUUACUUAUCAGUCUUGUUAAUUAAGUGCACGGCUGAAAACGUUAAAUUAUAAAAUCAAACAUAUGUUAGUUCUUGAGUUUCAUGCAAACAUGUUGGGACUGCUGUGUGUGAUCUUGGUGGGGCUCUCACAGGCUGAACAAGUUCGUUAUGACAGAUUUCAAGUAUGGACCAUCAAUCCAAGAACGGUAGAUGAUGUGACGAACGUGAUGGCGCUUGUCAAUGACAAGACAAUGAAGUUGAAAUUAUGGCAUGAGCCUCGUGGUCUAAGACCCUUUGACGUCAUGGUAGAUCCAACAAUGGCGUUGGCAUUCUCAGAGUCACUCGCAUACGAUGCCACUCCGUACACUGUUGCUGUGGAAGAUGUGCAAAGGCUGAUCGAUGACACAGAAGCUCAAAGAGCCGAGACUAGAGUCACGAAGGAGCAGGACCCUGUGAACUACAUUCUAUCAGAUUACCAGAGACAUUCCACGAUCAACACAUGGAUUAAUGACAUGGCAUCCCAGUACUCCCAAGCCUCUGUGAGGAGUGUUGGUACAUCAUACGAGGGACGAGACAUGAGAGCUAUCACAAUUAGUAGUGGCUCUGGCAGACCCGCUAUCGUGAUAGACUGUGGAAUACACGCUCGUGAGUGGAUUUCUCCCUCAACAUGUAUUUAUGCUAUCAAAAAUCUGCUAGAAAGAUACGAUUCUGAUAAUAAUGUCCGACAAAUGGUUGACAGAUAUGAUUGGCAUUUCCUCCCAGUGGCCAAUCCUGAUGGUUAUGAAUACACCCACACAAGUGACAGAAUGUGGAGAAAGAACCGGGCACCUACCAAUGAUUGGUUAUGUCCAGCUGGAAUUGACCUUAACCGCAACUUUGAUAUUUUCUGGGGUGAGGCUGGUGUUAGCUUUGACCCAUGUGAUGAUACCUACCCUGGCACACGUGGAUUCUCCGAGGUGGAGACCCAAGCGAUCCGUGACUGGAUCAACGGAAUCAGUAACAAGAAGCUCUACCUAAACAUACACUCGUACACACAAUUGUGGCUUACACCCUGGGGGUACAACCCGAAUGAGAGAUACCCUGCCGACUACGCUGAAAUCGAGCGUGUUGGUAUUGCUGCAAUGGACGCUUUGGAAGCUGUGAACGGGCGUUCUUUCGUAGUCGGAACUCCUCCUGACAUUCUUUAUGAAGCCGCUGGUGGCGCAUACGAUUGGGCGAAGGCGGUAGGUGGUGUGCCAUAUUCCUACGCCCCGGAACUACGUCCAGCAACUGCUGGCGAGGGCGGCUUCAUUCUGGAUGCAUCAAACAUCACUCCUGCCGGAGCGGAGGUGUUUGAGGCCCUCAGAGUACAUUCAGAGCAGAUGCAAUAAAAUUAAAUUGAAAUAAAGAAUGAAAUAGAUGUUUACUGAAAUGUUGUUCAAUCAA